CAUUAAAUCGUCACUGGUCCUGCACAACUCACCACUACUACUAACAACACCUGAGUAACUUUUCUCAGCAGCCUUUAUUUUUUUUUUAUACAAAGGCCAUAGCAUAGGAUAAUUUUUAAAGUAGAUUUAUCAUAUAUCUAACAACCUCCUAAAUGCGUUUGAAAAGAUGCUGAACCCUUCAUCAAACGGCGAGUCGUCUCAUGUUGUGGUGAACUAUGUUGAGGAGUAUCUGGAGCUGGUCGAGUCUUUGCCUUUGGACCUACAAAGAUGUGUGUCUCUUAUGAAGGAAAUAGACGCCAAAUAUCAAGAAAUCCUCAACGAAUUGGAUGAGGCUUAUGAAAAGCACCGACAGGAAUCCGAUCCAGUCCAGAGACGUCGUCUGCUCCACUGCAUCCAGCGCUCGUUAAUCCGCACAGAAGAACUCGGAGAUGAAAAGAUCCAGAUCGCAGGCCAAAUGGUGGAGAUGGUGGAGAACCGCAGCCGGCAGCUAGAGUGGCAUGGCGAGCUUUUCCAGGCCUGCCAGGACUCUCCAGAGAGCAGCGUUUCUGUGGGCAGCACCCCAAGUGCCGUAACAACCACAGCCAUGACGCCGAUUUCUGCUUUAGUGCUCUCGGCCAGUAAACCAAGUGCAGAUCGGAGACGAGAGGAGACCCCGAGUUCAGUUGACAAAUCUGGUGGGAAGCGUUCGAGAAGGCAGAAAAAUGGCUCUGAGAAUCGGGAGAACUCUAAUUACAGCUUGGAGCACAUCGAGGAUGUUUCAUCAGGCACACCAAAAGAAAAGAAGCCUAAGGCAUCAACCACAUCAUCCAAAAAGAAGAAGAGGUCCAAAAGCAAGCAGGAUCGAGAGCCGUCGCCGACAGACCUGCCCAUUGAUCCCAAUGAACCCACUUACUGCCUGUGUGAGCAGGUGUCCUACGGAGAGAUGAUCGGUUGUGAUAAUGACGAAUGCACUAUUGAAUGGUUUCACUUCUCGUGUGUUGAUCUGCAUCAUAAGCCCAAAGGGAAAUGGUACUGUCCCAAGUGCAGAGGAGACAAUGAGAAGACCAUGGACAAAGCAUUGGAGAGGUCUAAAAAGGAGAGAGCGUACAACAGGUAGUGUCAGGUACAUCUCCUGAAAUUUAAGAGUUAAGCGUUCAGUUUUGAGAGGCCUGUGAUGUACUAGGUCAAUGGUUAGUAUAUCUUUUAGGGAUAUAUUUCUGAGGAUUCUCAUCAGUUUUUGUGGUUAUCGAUGUUCCACAGCGUUAGGAGUAUCCUGUUCAUCCUACAAGACCACAGUGCAUUUGUUAUGUUCAGCUACUUGUAUUUAUGUCUUGCGUAACUGUACAUAUGUUCAUGUAAAAUAAGCCACACUGGUCAGGUCAGAGUAUUGUUGCAUGGCUUUUGUUCAUUUAAAAAACAAGCCCUUACAAUAUUGAUAACGUUAUAAAAAGGUUCCAUUAGUUCCUGCAUUUGCAACAGUAUUUAUUCAUUUUUGUUAAUAUUAGUUGAGAAUUACAAAGUUCAUCGGCUAAAAUGUUUCAUUUGUUAGCAUUAGUUUAAAGGAUUGUUCAUCCAAAUAUGAAUAUUUACUUAUGCUCAAAUGGUUCUGAACUUUCUUCUGUCUAACACAAAAGAAGGUAUUGUGAAGAAUGUUGGAAAGAACAGCCAUUGACACUCAUGGUAGGAAUAAUAAAAAUGUCAAAUGUUUGCUUUUACUCCCCAACAUUCUUCAGUUUAUUUCCUAUUGCGGUUAACAGAAGAAAGAAAAAUCCGUUUGGAUUAAAUGUAGGAUGAGUAAAUAACAGAAGUUUCAUUUGUUGGGCAAACCAAUCCCUUUAACAAUGAUAAACUCGUGUACCUGAGAUGGCAAGCCAUUUUAUAAACAGAAGUUACAAAUGUGUUGCUUGUUGUCAAUGUAUUUACUAUCUUUAAUUGAGAGCUUUUUGUAAAGUUUUAGCGUUAGUUCAGGUCCACUGUGGACCAAACAUUUUGUCUUCAACACUUCUGUCACAUGAUCAAUUGUGCAUGUUCUCCAAGUUUUUUCAUAAUAAAAUUGUGAUGUUUCA